CGUCACUUCCGGGAUGUAUGGUAGAGCAAAAUGACAGCUGGUUUGUUUUUAUCACAAGGAAAAUUCAAAGUAGACAUUAAAGUGUCAUGUGGUGAACGCCCUCCAAGUCCUCUGUUUUCGGGCCUGUCCAGAGCAAAUCCUGGCAACUGACCAAAGAUUGACCAGCAUUUCUUCUGGACACAUCUGUCAUCCCCACCAGCCACUCUGGAGCCAUCAGUACAACCACAGAAGAAGACAGCGAGUAGUGAUAGUGGUCAAAUCAAGGGAAACGUCUCUUCAGCUGAGGGGGGGGCUGUUCAACGGGACGGAGCCAUGCAGCCUCCAGAGGAGACGGAGGGCCGUUCCUUUGUGGAGGUGAUGAGUGAAAAGUACAGCCCAGAGAACUUUCCGUACCGCAGAGGGCCUGGUAUGGGGGUGGUGGUGGUGCCCACCACAGGUCCUCAAGGUUCCCCUAUGAAAGACCGUCUGAACCUGCCCAGUAUGCUGGUGUUGAAUAGCUGUGGGAUCCGCAGGGCAGGAGACCAGGCUGAGAUUGCUGCCUUCUGUGCCCAUGUCAUUGAGCUGGACCUGUCACAUAACAAUCUGCAGAACUGGCAUGAGAUCAGUAAAAUCGUGUCCAACAUCCCCAACCUGGAGUUCCUGAACCUGAGCUCCAACCCCCUGGCAGGAAUGACCCUUGAGCCGCAGUGUGCUGAGGCCUUUUCCCGGGUCCGACGCCUCGUCCUCAACAACACCCAAGUGUCUUGGGACACCGUGGUGCGACUCACCAGGGAGAUACCUGAGCUGGAGGAGUUGUUCCUGUGCCUUAACGAGUACAGUAGUGUGAGUACCUCCAGUGUGGCCUGCCCCUCCUUGCGCCUGCUUCAUAUCACCGACAACAGCCUCCAGGACUGGGCCGAAGUCCGCAAGUUUGGCUCCAUGUUUCCCGGCCUGGACACUCUGGUCAUGGCCAACAACAACUUGGCCUCCAUUCAGGACGGCAAGGACAUCCUGCAGCGGCUCUUCCCAAACCUACGCAGCAUCAACCUGCACAACUCAGGUCUCAACCGAUGGGCCGACAUUGAGAAGCUGAACUUCUUCCCUAAGUUGGAGGAAGUGCGACUGCAGGGCAUUCCCUUACUGCAGACCUACACCAACGUAGAGCGACGCAGCCUCAUGAUAGCACAUCUCCCUUCAAUAUCACUGCUAAAUGGCAGUGUUGUGACUGAUAGUGAGAGAGAGGACGCAGAGAGGUUCUUCAUUCGUUACCACUUAGACUACCCUGAGGAGGAGCUGCCUUACAGAUACCAUUGCCUGGUAACCAAGUACGGGAAGCUGGAACCACUUGCUGAGAUUGACCUCCGACCUCGCUGCCGUGCCCAGGUGGAGGUUCACUGUGAGGGAAAAGUGGAACAGCUAAACAUCCGUUUGGACCAGACAGUUGCUGAGCUGAAGAAGCAGCUGACAACAGUGGUCCAGCUGUCCACCAGCAACAUGAGGAUCUAUUACAUCGACAAGUUCAGCGCCUUCGGUCCGGAGGAAAUGAAGUACAACACCCGGGCUCUCCACUCCUACAGCAUCCAAGACGGUGAUGAAAUACUGGUGGUGCCCAAGACCAAGUGAACAGCUGGUGUCCUACUGGCUGAUUAGAGUGACUUAUUAAUUGAUUGAUUUAUAGGAUUAUUUGUUGAUUGGUUAACUGACAUCACAAAAUAACUGUGAAAUGCAUAUGGAACAGAAUCAGCGGCCCACUUGGAAUAGAGAGUAAAACAAGAAAGUGAUGGGAACAACUUCAUGAAGACUGCAUGGUGGACUACAGUGGGUCACUGGGAGGCUCUGGCUGGAAAUGCAGCCAGUCUGGAGAGAAUUUUGUCUUAAUUUGUUUCAAGGUUUUUUUUGAGGGGCAUCCACUGGAUCUGUCACACUGGAGAGAGCAACUCUCAGUCAGCUAGAAGCUUAAGCAGUGGAGAGGGCACUGCUGUACAGGCGGAGCAGCUCUGUCUUUUAGUACACGGCAUGUAAUAGUACCUGCAUAGGCAAGCAUCCAACCCCAGUGGCUUGACCUCUUGUCGCAAAAGUACCCUGGUUAUUAGUGAGGCAGCGCUGCUGAGCGGAGAGGGACUGCUACGUUUAAUGGCUCUUUUAAAGUGGGCACAAUAUCAGCAACAGCAGCAGCAGUUAUAGGAAAAAACAGUCUUAAAACACUGUUAAUGCAGGGGGUGGUGAUGAAAUUAGCAUUUUUUGGGUCCAUUUUCUUGUUUUUUUCUCCAUAUCUCUGUGGAUAAUUGUCAAAGUUAGAAGAUGCUACAUCACAUUCAGAUCAUUUUACAAAAUACCAAUAACAAAAAGCAAGGGAUUCUUUCUGGAGCCGUAAUGACAAUCAACAAUCAUUACAAAAUUUAUUAUAGAAACUGCAGAUUUUAAAUCCUAAAAGAUCCCUCCAGAGGUUUUAAGACUACUACUACUGUACUCGCUUUGAAUAAUUUGUGUCUAAAAUGUUUUUUCCGCAAACAAGUUAGAAAUGGUUAAAUAUAUUUCGUCCUUCUCCCUCAUUCAAAUUCCAGAAUCUAUGAAUGUGCUAAUAUUGUUCAUUACAUUCAUUACAUUAACGUUCAACUGCUGGAGUUUCCACGUCACAUCCACAUAAUUUUUGGCUGGAUGGGGACUUUAAAGAAAGUGGAAAUAGGUGAGGCAGGUUAAGAAAAAAUCAAAAAGUAAAAUUACACCCAGUUGAUGAUAAUAUGUCUUUAGGAGUGCAAUGAUCCUAAAUUGAUGAUAUCUAACAGUGUAAACUUUUUGAUGUUUUCCUCAUCCUGUAUGGGGUACCGGUACCGUUCCCUAUAUAACCAGAGUGAGAGCUGUGUCAGUAUUCUUGGCAGGAAGUCACAUUUUCAGUGGGUGUCCGUCAGGGUGGUCCCUUUUCACCCAUUCUGUUUGUGGAUAGUAUGUCUAGGUGCAGCCGGGGUGGAGGAGAGUGUCCGAUUUGUGGACCUGCUCUUUGCAGAUGAUGUGAUUCUGUUUGCUUCAUCAGACUGUGACAUUUAACACGCACUGGGGCAGUUUGCAGUCGAAUGUGAAGCGGUCGCGAGUCUGAGGCCAUGGUUCUCCAGCAGAAAACGGUGGAUUGCGCCCUACAGCUUAAGAGUGAGUUGCUGCCCCAAUCAAAGGAGAUCAGGUAUCUCGGGGUCUUGUUCAUGCAUGAGGGUGAAAUGGAGGCAUUAGAUGGACAGGCGGAUUAUUGCUGUGUCAGCAGUAAUGCUGGCGUUGGACUAGCCUAUUGUGGUCCCUCAUUUAGCUUACAUGGCUAUGUGAUUGUAGUAGUUUUUGCUGUUAUCUAUUUCAGAUAAUUCUUUAUGCUUUUAAGAGGUUAGCAUUCCAUUUUUUCAGUGCUCCAUUUUUUUGCUCUUGUUUUACGGACCUUUAAAUGUUUAAUCAUAUUUAUUUUCCAAGAUUAAUAUAAUUAGUAAUUUUCCUUGAACAGGCACUGAUCUCAGUUCAACGGUGCAUGUGAACGCACCGUUGAACUGCCCGUUAUUCAGUGAAACAUUCCUUUAUGCCUACAUCAGUGUUUCAUCUGCUCCACAUUAGUGUAGUCAUUUCACUCUAUCCUGCACAGAAAUACUUCCACCAAAGAUAGCUCAUUAGAGUAUUAUUAUUAUUAUUAUGUGGAAUAUAUACAAUAUGUAUUGAUUUUAUUAUACAGCCUCCAUCGAGUAUUAGAGGAGCAUUGAUGUUUGAUGGUUUUGACUUGUUCUAUAGCAAGCAAUUUAGCAGAAUAGGGGAUUCCUGACAGUGCCCAAUGUUAUGGCUAUAGACACUGUUGAUUUUCAAGCCACAAAAUUAAAUAUUCACAUGUAGGGGUAGUUUGGAAACAAACGUGUGUACCCUCAGUUCAUCCACUGCUGAUAGAAAACUCAGCUUUUCUGAUUUUACAUCCCAGAUAUCAAUAUCUUAAGUGUGUAAAUGCCACAUUAUAUCCCUCCUUAAUGUUAUAAUUUACCAGUUUUAUUUCAUAACACAACUGCUAUACUUGAAUAUUUGAAGGUGUGGUAUAAUAAGACCAAGGAGUAAGGAGGUGUAGCAAUGACACUCAGCAGGUUAGAUGAAAAGAGUUACAGGGACCUGUCUCCCCGUUUUAUCACAGUAGUGCUGAUUAAAUGUUAGAGUAGCAUGAACCACAGCCAUAGCAACCAGCACGGAGAGAGGCAGCAGUGCUGGCACCUACUUAAGUUAUAGUAUCUGUGCUGAUCAGUGUGAGAUUUGUUUGAAGUGUGGUGUGUAAUUGUUUGCAGGGUGGGUGGUUUUUUGGUAUGCAUGUUAUUAAUUGACUAUGUGUUUGCAAGGACAGUGGUCACUAUGCCUGCUUAGAUGUAUGGAAUAUGAACUUGAUGGAAAUUUAUUUUACAUUAAGCCCAAGGAAAAUAUUUGUAAAUUUAUUGUUACCAUCUAGAUUUUGGUUUUUUUAACAGUAGUAUGUUUUCAUGUUAUUUGUUGUGUCUGUUAAUUUCUUCUGGAACAUUAAAGAUUCAUAACUAAUAAACCAACAAUCAAAGUUA